AUGAAUAAAAUAACAGCCAUGCGUCACUGGCCAACCAGCAACUUCAUCUCUCGAAACAACAUGGCUGGCAUGCCGGCCAUCAACACUCGUCGAGAUGUCACAACACAGGGCCCACCCCCGAUACCCACACCCCAGCUCCCCAUCGGCGAGCCUACCAUCCACUAUGCCUUCAACGUCCCCUUUGCCUCCGAUCUCGCCGGCCCCGACACCGAGGACAUUCUCCACGCCACCACCGAUGCCGUCCUCCGCUGGACUCAUCCCGUCGAGGCCCCCGACGAUGUCCCCGUCCACGCUCUCCACGUCCAUGUUAUGAACCUUGAGGGCCUCCGUCAGCUAUGCCACAGCAUCACGACAAACCCCCUGCCCAUCGAGGCACACGUUCUUUCGGGCACUCCCAAGAAUGCCCGCGGUCUCGUCACCACGGUGUGCUUGUCCGGUCCCGCCGACCUGGUCUAUCAAACACGCGAGGCGAUCCUGAACAAGACCCCCAUCUCACUAGUGCGUCACAUCUUUUUGUGCAACUGUGCUUUUUCUGUGUCUUACUUUCUUGACGAAACCUCGAGGUUUUGUGGCGUCGACAUCUUCCUCCUCGGGCCCAAGCUUGCCCCGGUGGUUGAUGGCUUGAACGGCGAUGUGGAGCUCCGGAGAGACCAGCGCUGGCGGGUGGCCAUUUAUGGCGACAACAUGUCUGCGGAACAUGCCAAAACCCGCGUUCUUAUUCAUAUUGAUCAACUCCUGGGGCGGGUUGCUGACUCUAUCAAUGUCGACUAUAGCGUCCAGCAGAUCUUGAUCGGACGCAACCGCAAGAACAUCAAGCUGAUCGAGUCAUCAACCAACACGGCCAUCUACUUCCCUCCGCCGUUCCUGAGCUGCUAUUCGUACUGCCCACCCGGCGCAACACGUCGUGGAGAGUCUGAUGUCUUCAUCACUGGCGAGAACACGCAAGCUAUCGAGCAGGCAAAGUACAAGAUCCACGAGUACCUCACGCGUGUCAGGCUCUACGUGAAGGAUGUUCAGAUUACGCCUGCCAAGCUCGACAGUGUUCUGCUCACUCGUAUGGACAAGGUGAGGAAGAUUGCCGAGAACAACAAUACGCAUAUUCUGCCACCCAGUCUUGGGUCCAUGAAGAACGUGGCUCGCUUCCAAGCCCUGGAGAACUUGCCCCUCGAGCGUUCCGUCCGCGAGUUGAUGGCCUUGGUUGGACAGUUCUACACGGCUACCUGGUGGAUCUCUCAUCCCGACAACCGCCAGCCCAUGCCGACUCCCAACGAUAUUCGGACCAUGCUCAGCGAUAUUUGUGCCAACUCGGAAGCCGAUGUGAAGUUUGACAACCGAUGCUUCACCAUUUCAGGCUCGGAUGAGGCUGUCAAGACCGCUUUGGCCGUCAUCAACGAUAUCAAAUGGGUCAAUCAAUCUCCCCAGUCCCAGAUUCGAGUCAAGAUCGAGCUCGCCAACGAACAUAAGGAAUUUGUGAGCGGAAAGAAGAAUGGCAAGAUCAACAAGAUCAUGGGGCAGAGCAACGUGCAGAUCAUCUUCGACACGUUUGGCGAGUACAACUUCAACAUCGAGGUGGUCACACAUUCGUACGAGGCUGUCAAGCACGGAUUAACACUGGUGGAGCAAGAGAUGCCGGCAUCGAUUUCGUUCCAUGUCCCGGAUCAGUACCACAAACGCAUCAUUGGCAUUGGUGGGCAGCAUAUCCAACGCAUCAUGAAGAAGCACUCGGUCUUUGUCAAGUUCUCCAACGCAAUGGAUAGAGGCGGUCUCACCCGAGAAGAUGACGACUCUAGGGUCGACAAUGUGAUCUGCCGCACCCCGGCACGCAACGCUCAGAAUCUUGAACUCGUGAAGAGCGAGAUUCUUGAGAUGGUUUCCAGGGCUGACUCUGAAUUCAUGAACCAGACUGUCAAGAUCGACCGCCUCUACCAUCGUGAGCUGCUGUCCAGGUUGCCCGAGAUUGAAGAGAUAGAGAAGAUGUGGAACUGCAAGAUUGUUUUCCCUAGUACGGAGCAGGCCACCGAUGAGCUCACUGUGUCUGGACCUCAGUGGUUGGUGCCCAAGUGCAUUGAUUCAUUUUUGGGCAUGGUUCCCGACAAGCACGAAGUCGUGAUGGAGCGGACUCCUACUCUGAUCAGAUUCCUCGAGUCCCCGGAGUUUGUUCAGAACAUUGUCCCCAAGCUGAAGACCCAGUACGAAGUCGAUGUCACGGUGCACGAGAAUUCCGAGGAGCGUGCCGCCAACGGCAACCCCUCCGUCACUCUGCUUUGGCAGUUCACCCGUAACAAUGCAGGUGGUGUCUCUGAUGCCAUGGACUUCCUCCAGGGCGAGUUUGCCACUGCCGGAGUGGAGCCCGUCUUCAUCAGAGGUGCUCUCUCCCGCCCGAAGCCGGACACGUUCGAAGAGGCGCUGCCGUACUUUGACUCCAAGCUUCUUCAGCACGCACCAGCUCCGGUUGCCACCGACUCUCCCACCAAGCCUUCGUUCGGCGAGGAGACUGCUCGGGAACGGUCUAGUCUCUUGGAACGACUUCGCAGACCUGGUAGUGGCAUGUCCUCGAUCUCGUCCUUCUUGGACCGCAGAAAGAACAGCUCGCACUCGGCCACCAGCUUUUUCAAGGGCUCCAGCAACGUCUCCAAGUCGUCGCUCGUGUCGAUCGAAUCGACUCGCAGUUUCAAUGCGGACCGCAACCCCUGGAACGACAGUGGUGUCAACCUCGCCGACGAGGACUCUGGCAGCCCUUGGCCCUCGGCAGUUCUUGUUGGAAACGGGAUUGGCAACAAUCUGGCCGUCCCUCACCACGGCGACAUGACUCCUCGCCACGCCGCCCGUCGGUCUGACGACAGCGGGCGUCCCUCUACCUCUCAUUCAACAAAUUCAGGAUACCCAGGCCCUCUUGUGCCAUUUCGUUAA